GCUGUGUUGGUUAUUAUUAUAGCAGAGAAGACAGCAUUAAAUCAACAACAAGUAAACUGUGACCUGAUCUACCCACAGUCUCGAGAUCUGAUGGACUCGAAAAGUAAGUUACGAAUGCACAUUAUUUUGAAAAUCGACCGUAUCCACUGUAGUUUUACACUAGCUACUUCCGGUCCGCCCGAUCCUACCUAGUAGUAUUGACGCAGGAGGGCCGUGGCUCGCGUCAAUUAAUAAACUGCUGUUCUUUUUCGCGUGCGACGCGAUGAGCCGCUUCUGGAGUGUGUCUAAAACGCGGCCGCACUGCGACUGGUGUGCACUGGCUGAUUGACUUUAACGGCCGUGUUUCACUGCGUUAUCGCGGCAUCAUCGUUGACGCGCCAUUGACGUGCCUAGUGUGUUAGUUGCCACAGCACACGAUGAAGGGCACAUUUGUGCCUUUGAUCGUAGAGCUACCAAACUUCUAUGGCAAGAUCAAAGCUACAAACCUGUCAGUCAUCAUCAAACUUUGAGUACCAAACGCAAGCUGAACAGUUUGGCCGCACUGCUUAACAGGAGGUAGCGUGUGGCGCUGUACGAGCAUGAAGCAGAAAAACACAUAUUUUUAAAAUUAUAACCCAAUGCUUUUCACCCUUUAAGAAAUCUGACCUUUUCAGCCAGAUUGCCGGAAUCACGCCAGCCGAAACCGCCGGACCCGCGCUGGCGCAGCUCCAAUGACCCGGGCCGGCGAAAUGCCGACAAAGAGGCCAAACUCCGCGCGUUCACCUUAGUCUUAACCCCUUGUACUGACUCCAUUUUGAAAACUGGAAAAAGGCUUCGAAGCAGAAGUUGACGAUUUAUUCAGAUCGACAGCGAUCAAACGGCAAGGCGAAACAGAAACAGACUCAGGCGUAAAGCUGGGCGGUACACCGAAAAUUUACCGUUACCAUCACGAUGACCGACGUAAUUUUGACCAUGUCGGUAAAUUCAGUAAUUUGAUCAAACAAGAAAAUACCGUCUUUUCAUCUCGCAUUGACCCUGUGCUGUUUGGCUAUGUUAAUUCUCCUUUAAGAAAGCAGUCAGUGUGCUUACGUAUGAAGUCACGUGGUUAUCAGGAACUCAAACAGAAGCCGGUAGGCUAACGCUAGCGGCUAACACUACAAGCAAACGUGAUGGAGUCAGGCUUAAGGGAGCUUCGCCAAACUUUCAUCUGACGUUAAGUAGACUCUUGGCGGCCUCCAGUCCAGAGUGAGUCGGGGUGCGCCAACGUGGUGUCAGCGGCACCGUGCCAGUCGGACCCUCAGCAAUAUGAGUCGCAGUACGCAAGGCUGCGCUGUUUCUUGUCAGAAGUAGACAUCUCAUGGGCGAAAGAAGUGAGCGUGAUCCUCUACCCGCUCUUCGUCUACCUCCAUCUGGACAUGGUGCGAUGCGGCCUAAAGUCGGCGGUGGACGGCUUCUACGCACGAUUCCAUGCCGCCUUCUUGCAGGAUGGCGAACAGCGCGCGACUGUGGAGCAGCUGCGCCAUGUGCUCAGCGCUCAGGACGUGGCGGCAAGCCCGCGGCUCACCGCCUUCCUACAGCACAAAUACGUGGUGCGUCUAACCGAGGGCGCCCACGGCUAUCUGCUACGUUACCUUCAAAGCGAUGACAACGCUACCAUCUGCAGGGUACUCGUUGCACACUUGCAGCUAGAGGUAAGCGCCUCUAGGCGAACUGACUACCAACUUUACGGGACGGCAGGCGGAUCCACCCCAUCCACCGGUGCCCUUAACUCCACCUGGGUGGGAGCUGAUGUCUGCGAGGGCAGCGAAACUGCCGCUUCGGACGCAGAUCCAGCUAGCGCCCCGCAGAGCGAGGCGGCCCUGGAGGCGUUGCGCGACUGUAUCAAGAAAGUUCGCGAGGGGCCGCCGUCCCUCACCACCGUGUGCUUCUACGCCUUCCAGCACACAGAGCAGCUGCUCAACACGGCGGAGGUGUCGCCCGACAGCCGCCUGCUAGCCGCCGGAUUCGACAACUCUGCCGUUAAGUUGUGGAGCCUCCACGCACGUAAACUCAAGGCCAAGCCACACGUGACUGAUGUGUCGCAAGUGCGCUUGGCUUGCGACGUCUUGGAGGAGCAAAUGGACGAGGAGGAGGCGUCGGGCAGCGAGAUAAAGAUGCUACGCGGACACAGCGGCCCCGUAUUCCGGACCGCCUUCCUGACGGAUAGCUCCGGCCUGCUCUCAUGCUCGGAGGACACAAGCAUACGCUACUGGGACUUGGGCAGUUUUACAAACACGGCUCUCUACCAAGGCCACGCCUACCCGGUUUGGGACGUGGACGUCAGUCCGUGUAGCCUGUACUUCGCUAGCGGCUCCCACGACCGAACCGCCCGCCUCUGGACCUUCUCGCGCACAUACCCGUUGCGCCUCUACGCCGGGCACCUUGCGGAUGUGGACUGCGUCAAGUUCCACCCCAACUCCAACUACCUGGCCACAGGCUCUAGCGACAAGACAGUGCGGCUGUGGAGCACGCAACAGGGAGCGUCGGUGCGCCUCUUCACCGGCCACCGGGGACCCGUCCUAGCGUUGGCCUUCUCACCCAAUGGCAAGUACUUAGCGUCGGGCGGCGAGGACCAGCGUGUUAAACUGUGGGACCUGGCCUCAGGGACACUCUUCAAGGACCUACGGGGCCACACGGACAGCGUCACCGGCCUGUCCUUUAGCCCGGACAGCAGCCUAGUGGCGUCCUCGUCCACCGACAACUCUGUACGGGUGUGGGACGUUCGAAACUCCCACGGUGCCACGCCGCCUGACGGCUCGUCUGCCGAGCUGGUGGGCUCGUACACGGGAAACACUAGCAACGUUCUCAACGUGCAAUUCAUGGCAUGUAAUCUGCUGCUGGUGACGGGCACCGCGCAGGAUAAAACGGAAGCAUAGCCUGGUGGAUGAUCUUGUUGGACCAGGCGAGGGAAAAAACAACCAAUUAUGAGAUGCGGACACUUAAAUGGUGUGGGACAUCCUUGCCAGUUCAUUUACUUGUUUACUAAGGGAAAAAUAAUUAGAAGUAAACAUGAGCUUUGCUAUGCGGUGUUUAACAUCCUUGCAAAGCAGCACAAUAUACAUUCUCUUGGAUGGUUAGGAUGUUCACGUGAGUCAAGGGAAAAAAAUAUUUGUCAAAAAAAAGUACAAGACUUUUCAUGGAUAGUUAAGUGUGAAUACCAACAAGUGGAUGCACAGGAUCACCCUUUAUAGGGCAAGUUAAUGUCCACAUAAGUGGGCAUCACAUUUUGAGUCAUUGAGGCCACAUCAUUACCAAUUGCUAUAUAAGUGUGGCCUCCUUGACCCAAAAUGUUAUGUUCACAUAUGGACGCAAGGUCUCAGUUAAAAUGAUAUAUUUUUGUUUCAUAUUUUAUAAGACAAAACUAAUACAGUUAAGAUUAUUUAAAAAAAACAAAACAAAAAAAACAGUCUGACUAUGUCCCCAAGCAACACUAUAGUUGUUUUUUUUUUGUUUUCACUCAAGGUAUUUAACAUUUUGCCAGCAUUGACAACGAUAGAUGUCUAAUUUGUUUAAACUGGGAGGUCACUGCUCAUCUUUCAAUGCCACUGAUGACGCUUGACGUUCAAUUCAUUUGGAUUCCCAUUCCAAAUGGAUUGAAUGUCAAGCGCAAGCAAGCAAAUGAUCACUGAAGUCCUCCCAGUCAAAAUGGAUUACAUGUCUAGCGCUAUCAAUGGCACCCAAUGACUUGAAUGCCCUAUAAAGGGUUAAAUGUGCCUUCUGCCGUCUAGUUAUUCUGUCACUGGCAUAUUGAAAGACAAGAGCUACAUUAUUUGUAGUCAAUUAUCAGACCACUUACGUGAAAUUGGUUAAUUUAUCGCGGCACACUUUAUUACGUGUCUUGCACAGUGGUUAGGAAUCACUGAUGUCAAUGUUUAUUUCUGUAAAGAGAAAUUUGUCACUAGUGGUGUUUGUAUAUUUAAACACAGUUUCACAGGUGAAGUAUGUAAAUAUCAUAGUUUAUUUUUGUAAGAUGUUGCUUCGCCAGCGCUCCAAAGAAGCACAUUUUUCUUUUUACUCCCAAGUUGUUUGGAUGUUUGUUACCUCUUUGUUUCUCAGUCAACUUUGGUUUGUUGCCUCUUGUGACUUUAAAAUAAAUCAUGUGAUUUUUUU